UAGCAUGAAAUUUCAUGUGCCUCCCUGGUCGAAUAGCUUGCGUGAUAAAUAGUCCAGUCAUGUUAGCUGAAAGCGAAGGUGAAGAAGAGGUGAGUGCAGGCUAAGUCUUCGCUGUCACAGCUUCCCAGUUGUUGUAAAGCUGCCUGUCAGGAAGGAGCAGUUGCCUAAAUCUUGCCUCAGGACUCGCAACCUCAGGCCAGCAUCCCAUAUGUGGAUGUCAGGACGGAGAGAUCCAGCCCUGAGCUCCACUUACAUAAGGUGUGAAUUCAGCUGAGGCUUGAGCUGUCAGGAAAGUCCCAGGAGUGUAAAUCUGAUCCGGAAGCCCAGGAGCUCCUGCAACUCUGUGAACGCUGAUCCAUACUCCAGCUGCCCCAAGGUUUCCUUGCAGGAUGGCAGCUACCUGGCUCGCCAUCUUUCUAAUGCUGGCCCUUUCCUCUAUCUACUGCAUUGUUUCCCAUCCCAGCCCGGAGAUGUGGUUUCAGGGUCUCUUUCCAUCUAGUGUGUGCCUUGCAAAUGCCCGUACCAACACCUUUUAUGGCAUCAUGUUUGAUGCAGGAAGUACCGGGACCCGAAUUCACAUUUACACCUUUGUGCAGAAAAACCCAGAGCAGCCUCCAGAGCUGGAUGGGGAGAUCUUUGAGUCAGUGAAGCCAGGUCUUUCUGCUUAUGUUGAUCAGCCUGAAAAGGGUGCAGAAACUGUGAAAGGAUUGUUGAAAAUGGCCAAAGAAGCUGUGCCACGUAGUCAUUGGAAGGAGACCCCAGUGGUGCUGAAAGCUACAGCUGGACUGAGGCUGCUGCCAGAGCCCAAAGCCCAGGCUCUGCUCUCAGAGGUGAGAGAGGUCUUUGAGGAGUCACCCUUUCUGGUUCCAAAUAACAGUGUUAGCAUCAUGGAUGGAUCUUCUGAAGGGAUCGAGGACGACAACGAAACCUUGGAGCAAACCCCUGUGGAUUUUGUCACCUCAUUUGAAAUGUUCAAUAGCACUUACAAGCUCUACACGCACAGCUAUUUGGGCUUUGGACUGAAAGCUGCCAGACUAGCAACACUUGGAGCCCUGGAAAUGAAAGCAGUGGAUGGACAAAUGUUCCGAAGUUCUUGUUUACCGAAGCGACUGGAGGCAGAGUGGCACUUUGGGGGAGUGAGAUAUCAAUAUGGUGGCAACAGAGAAGGGGAAACAGGAUUUGAGCCUUGCUAUUCAGAAGUGGUGAAGGUCGUACAAGGGAAAUUACACCAGCCAGAUGAGAUUCGCAGACGCUCCUUCUAUGCCUUCUCCUAUUAUUAUGAUCGAGCUGUUGAUACCGACCUGAUAGAUUAUGAAAAGGGAGGAGUUCUAGAAGUGAGAGAUUUUGAAAGGAAAGCUAAAGAAGUGUGUGAUAACAUGGACAGGUACACCUCCGCCAGCCCUUUCCUCUGUAUGGAUCUCAGUUACAUCACUGCCUUACUAAAAGAAGGCUUUGGAUUUGGGGAUAACACACUCUUACAGUUAACAAAGAAAGUGAACAACAUAGAGACAAGCUGGGCCUUGGGUGCCACCUUUCACCUGCUGCAGUCUCUGGGGCUCUCCCACUGAGCCAGCACCCCCUGCAGAACAUUGGCCUUUCCAGAAGGAAGAGAGGGCAAGUUCAAAUUUCCAACUGCAUAGCUCAGCAGGAGUCAGUCCUUCAGCAAAACAUGGAUCGAAGCCAUGGAAUCAAUUCCUCAAGGACUAGGCAGUUCCCAGCUGCAAUGAGAGCAGCCACAGUAUGGUUUCUAAAUAACUUAAUUGCGGUAAUUGAUACAAAAUCUGCCUCCUGAAAGCCAAUGAAGCUGAUUAUACUUAUAAGCAACCCAGACACAGGUUCAGUGAAUGAAUUCAUAGAUGCCCCGUGUUACCAGCAGUUCAGAGUGCUUGUCAUGCCCUGGCAAACUGCAGACCUUUUGUGGCUGAUGCUUGAUAAUUUUUACAUGUAGAACUGAAGUUUGGCCCUGAGAAUUUUAAAAAAUAUAAAUAUUCAAACAUGACAACACAUGCAUUCAACACAGAGUGAAAUCCCCAACGUGUUGUAAACCUCAGUUUUCAAUGUGUUAGCCCUUAGACUGCUUAAUACUGAGGGCUUUUACCCUUUCAGGAUUGGCCAGUUCCAAAGCAAGUGUUUCUUGGGCAGAGAUGAGGGAAGGGUUUUAGCAGAAGGGGUUAGGUUGGCUGUCUUGGUUUGGAAGCCUGGGCCUCUCCCUCCCUGUUCUCCCCCUCUGACCAGUCUCAUGCUAAGCAAUACUGAGUAAGGUAGAACCAGCAUGGAACCAAAAAUCAAUUCUCUGGUCAGAGGAUGCUGGUUAAGGAGCUAUGGUGAGACAAGAACAGAUCAUUUUUCACUUACGUGAGGUGAAAGGGAAAGGAAAAUGGGAGUGGAAGUAACUUGGUUCAUGUUCAAAUUAGAAUCGGACAGAUCCUUCAUUUCCCCCCUUAGGGUUUGUGUUUUAACCCACUGAACUCUAAGUCAAUGAGAGCAGGAACUAUAAUAAUAAUGUUGCAGGGUUGGGCCCAUAACACACAAACCUAAGCUACUGGGGGGGAGGGGAGUGUGGCUGGCCCCUACAACCUCUAUUUUAUACAGCCAUACUCUUAGUACAAGACUCCUGGCAAGUCACUGCACUGGGGUAGAGAAUGUGUCUUUUUUAAUAUCUUAUACAGUUGGUCUGUAGAAACAGGGCACUCAAGGAGGGGGUUGUAGCUUCUCAGUAUUUCCUCCUCUCCCCCAACCCAGGCACUCUGGCAUAACAGUACUUGGUUGUCCAAUGGUAUGUUUCAGAAGUGGCAAUUUUAAUCUCUCAUAGCCUGAAUGGUUAUGUGGAAGCAAAAGCGGGGUUUACAUUUGGAAGUAAAAAGUGCUCUCACGAGAUGGCCCAUAGUGCCAGCUUGCUUCUUCAGCACAGCCUGUUGGGGGCAGUCUUUUCCCUCUCAUGCUAAACUGCCUGCCCCUUCUUUUCCACCUGAGGUGAGGCAAAGCUCCCAUAAUGACCUGAGAAAUUCCCCUGCAACUUCCCAAUAAAACAGGCCAGUCCCUCUAUAGUGUAAAAUACCUCAAAACUGGCCUGUGUUAUACAGGGAAUGUAAGAAGCCUUCACCACCACAUCCUCAUGCAGAAAUGACUGUUCUGUAUUAUUUGCCAGAGGUCAUGGCAGUGCUGCCUAUGCACACAUUACUAGGGAAGUGCAGUCAUCUACUACUUAUAAACCUUGCUUUUAGCAAACUUUUUUUCUGUCUUGGAAUUUUCACUGACUACAAGAUUGGAUGAAGUGACCAAUAGCAUGGCUAGAUGACAUCUGAGAACUAGCUAUUUUAGCCACCCAUUAAUCUGAGCCCUUGCUGUGACAUGUAGCCUGCUGCUUGUUCUAGAUCUGACCUUGGCAGCAGGAAUGAAGCCAGCUGCAUCUAGAGCUGGAAGACAAGGGGAGGGAGUGAGACAAGGGCAACAGAAGACCUACCACCAUCUCCAUAUGUUCAAGCCCUUGGGAGAACUUGGAGAAAGGACUGAUCGUGUUUGGGGGAGGGAGGUAGACAAGAGAAUAGCACAAGUACAGUUCAGAAUAAGUUUUCUUUGUGUUCUUAGUAUCAAGUUCAGGCACUACAGACUCCGUUGGGAGCAUCUGCUUUCUCUGUACCAAAGUUGCAUUAAGUCUGGCAGGCUCAGGGCCUUGAUCUUUUAGUUGUACAGUUUGUAAACUGAAGCAUUGCUGCUGUUGAACAAGGGCCCAAUUGUGCAGUCCUUGCACAAAAUUCUCAACUUGCACAAAAACUGCAGGAUAGAAUCCUAAAUUAUCAUCUGAAUUAUCCCAGAGGUGAGUUGGGGACUUCACCUGCUUCUUCAAAUCCCCAUACCUACCCUAGUGCAAUGAGAUUAUUUAUUAAUAAGCACAAAGUAGCCUUGUAAGAUAAGGGUCCUGAUCUGCAUUAUUGCUGGAGAGGAGAAAGUGCCUGGAUAGAGGACAUUGAUUCUAACAGAAAUGACUGUAGAGCUUAGGGCUAUGUCUGUAUUGUGAGCUAGGGGUGAUUCCCCUGCUCAUGUAUACAUACUCGUGUUGGUUCCCGUUGAGCUAGCAAGUGUAUAAAUAGCAGAGAUGGGCAGAGUACAAACCCGCCUAAAACCAGUGGGUAUGUUCUUGGCAUGGCUCAGCUGGGCUUCCGUUGUCGCUACCCAUGCUAUCACUGCUACAUUGCUAUUUAUACUCCCGCUAGCUCAAUGACAGCUAGUAUGAGUAUGCAUAUACGAGCAGGGGAGUCACACCCCUCGCUUGCAGUGCAGGCAUAGCCUGAGAGAGUUUGCUUUCAGUCACAACCUCACAUUUAAGUCCCCUUUGUAAUGUUAAUUCCUGAUAUUAGUUAAAUGUACAUGAUAGCACUGCUAUAAAAUAUAAAUCCAGUGCUCACAUUGUAUUACAGCAUUAAGUAAUUAAUUGUCUAAUGCAGGAGCCUGGUGUUUGGAACAUUAAGACAAGGCCACUCAAAUGCCUAUUUUAGUAAUUAAAAAGCUAUUUUUAACAA